UUUACAGCUGUUUCCAUGGCAUCACGUCAGCCAAUUUUGAAGUAGUCGGAUCAACAAGACUGAUUGGAAGGAACCCUUGCGACCACCGGAUAUCGCUUUGAUCGACGCAGCCCAACGGCGAAGCAGUAACAAGAGUUAGUUGGGAAUCAGCCUUAUCCCGCACAUAAUCGACCCAACAACAUACACACACAGACUCGGGCCAACUGCGGCCUUGAAUGUCAAACGACAAGUCAGACCUGAUGCACGCAUCCGACUUGGAGUUGGGCGUCUAGCGCCAGUCAAUAGUCUAAAUUAACAAGUCGAAAACCUCCGUCAUCGACAAACAUACUAAUACAACCCCCUCCCCGAACCGAUCUCGAACCCGGGACUUCAUGACGAUCAUGACUUCGCCGGCGCACCGCCCGCCAGCCUCGAGCCUGUCGAUACCCCAUGAGCAAGCACAGAGCGCCGCGCUCAAGGGCGCCUCCCUGGCGUUCCAGAAGCAGCUCGACGCCAGCAAGAAGAAGGCAUCGCCGCCCGGCCCCAAUCACAACAACAAGCUCACUACCGACCCGCGCGGCGGCGCCCUCGUCGCCGCGACGUCGGCCGCCUCGCUCAGCAACCAGACCACCGGCGGCAGCAGCGUGGCGGACCACCACCACGGCGUGCCCGAGCAUGCGACCCUGUCCAGCCGGCUGGCGCAGCUGCAGCAGCGGUCCGGCAGCCCCCACCUGCGGCCGCCCGGGAACGCUGGAGGGCCCCGUUCGGCGUCGUUUAUUGCCGCCACCUUGGCGGCAAGCAGGUCUACUAGUCCUAGUCCGAGCCGGAAGAAUAGCGUGGUCACGCCGCAGGAGCAGAGGAGAAGGGCAGGGGCGCACAGCAGAGCGUCGUCUGUGGGCAGUCUGCGAUUGACGUCGCCGUCGAAUUUGGGACCGAGUCCGGGGCAGGGCGUGGACUAUGGUGGGUAUGAUGGGGAGGAUGAUGCGGACCUGGAUCAUGAUGAGGACACCGGUUUCAGGAGACUUGGGAGAAGGAAGGUCGUGGCCGAGACGCCGACGCUUCCUGCUCGGGAGCAAAGUAGAAGGCGAGAUGGUGACCCCGUUAAGAGCCCUUCUCCUGUCCGAGAUACGGAGGUGCCUCAACCAAGGAGAAAAGUCAUAGAUCGGGUGCCAGAGCAGGAGGAGCCUGCAAGUCCAGUCCAGAAACCGAGACCCAAGCCAAAGCCAAAACCCAAGCCCAAACCGGAAAAAAUAAUCAAGACCGAGCCUCGUGCAGCCCCUGAGCCGGUCGAAUCAAAGAGGGCAGAGCAGUAUCCUGGCUCGGAACCAACAUCGCCAUCGAUAAGGCGAGCCAGUGUGCAGCAGCCCAAGCCAAAGGUGGCGAGAGCACAACCUGCGCGCACACCAAUCAAAGCCUACCAUUCACAAAAGGAAAUUCAGGUUCUCUCUCGGAUCUUAAUGCCCAAAGAUGUGGAUGAUAUUGACUGUGGACCUCUGACCUUGGAUGGCGCACAUGGCCCCCCUUUUAGAGAAAGAGUCGACUCUAUAUCAUCUGAUGACACCUUCUUCUCCACAUCUUCUGGUCAAGGACGCCGCGCGCCGACACCACCACCACCACGAAGGAUACGUUCUGUCAGAGAAACCCCCAGCAGACCCCACAGCGAAGCCACAACUCCGUCGUCACAACAGCGAUCCACGAGCAGCCAGUCGAAGCAGACCCCCACGAGCGCCAACAGGUCCUCCCUGGCCCUGGACUCGCUCACCAACGCCAUCGUGGCGAGCAGCCUAGCCUCGGCGCGCCACACUCCGGCCAGCAGGUCCCAAACGCCAGCUCCCGUGCCGGUGCCCUCGCGCAAACGCAACGACCGUCUAGCGUCCAACUUGACGGGGGGCGGGAUGAGCCGCAGUCAUAGUAGAUCACCGCCCAAAAAGCAAGGGAUGCUGACGACGCUGCGGGCCCCUCAUUCAAAGUCGGACGAUGAAGAGGCGCGCAAGCACAAGGAGAGGCACCGGAAGCGCGGCCCUCUGGGAGGCAAGAAGCACGUCCAUCACGAGGGUUCGCGGCGUCGUUGGCGGGAUUCGGUCACGGCCGAGGAGCGGCGGCGGUACGAGGCUCUGUGGGCCAGCAACCGUGGUCUCCUCUUGCCUCCCAAAGAUGGCGGUGUUGGACAACAACAUCAGCAGCAGCAGCCAGAGGACCUGGUCGCCAAUGUUGUUGUGCGGGACCUCUGGAGUCGCAGCCGGCUGCCACACGACGAGCUCGCCGAGGUUUGGGACCUGGUGGACCUGGGCCGUCGCGGGUCGUUGUCCAAGGAGGAGUUCGUCGUGGGCAUGUGGCUCAUCGACAUGCGGCUGCGGGGGAGGAAAAUCCCACCGAGGGUGAGCCAGAGCGUCUGGGACAGUGUCAAGGGCCUGCGGGUUCCCGCACCGGCUUAGAGUGCUGAAGGAGGCAGCGUCGGACUGUUGAUGUUGACUGGGGGCAGCAGGAGAGACGCAGCGUAGCGGCGCUGCUCUCUUGCAUCUUUGUUCCGCAGCUGCUUUAUGGGAGCUCUAAGAUCAAGUUGUCGGGUUUCUUGAUUGUUUGUCUUUUUUUCCCCGCGUUUUUGUCUCGUACAUACCAUUGAUACCCCAUUCGAAACUAGAAGUCAUGUAUAGGGACCUAUAUCUACCAGUGCAGGGUAGGUUAGGUAAGAGUAGAUUGCACUGAAUUGGAGUUGUUCAGUUACCCUG